AUGGCUCAUUGUCUGUUUGGCCACGUGAUGAAGUAUUAUCCGAAGGACCCAAGGUGGUUCAACCGAGAUCGAUUUGUCUUGUCCAACGGACAUGCCUGCGUGCUUCAGUACACGAUGCUGCACCUUGCAGGGUACGAUCUCUCCAUCAACGACAUUAAGAAAUUUCGGAAACUCCACAGCAAAACACCAGGCCAUCCUGAGGUUGGACACGCGCCGGGAAUUGAAGUAACCACUGGUCCCCUUGGCCAGGGCAUUUCUAACUGCGUAGGCCUGGCUAUCGGUGCUCAUCAUUUGGCAGCGAAGUUUAACAAGCCGAAUUUCAAUUUAUUCAAUAAUUUCAUAUUCUGCAUCUGCGGAGACGGAUGCUUACAGGAAGGUGUUUCCAGCGAGGCCUGCUCGUUGGCAGGCCACUUGGGUUUGGGCCGUCUUAUUGUUUUAUACGACUCCAACAAUGUGACUAUAGACGGUGACACAUCGCUGAGCUUCACGGAGAACGUUAUCCAGAGGUUUAAUGCUUAUGGCUGGCAUACGCAAACCGUUAAGGACGGAGAUAAGGAUCUGACCGCCAUCCUACAGGUGGGGCAAGACAAGAGUGUAUGGGAAGAGUUGGGGGGAAAUGCGGAGAGCACAGUCAUGGACACUGCUAGAGAUGGGCUGUCCAGUAAACGGGGAGGGGCAAGGAGGUGGAACAAAGUCGUGGCAAUGGAAAAAUUCGAAUUGCAUUUUUGUUCAUAUCCGCCUUGUGCAAUGAACCCGGCAUCUCAAUCCAUCUCGGCCAGCCUCGGCUUCGAUAUUUUCUGGGGAAGCCCCAUAUGCGAUGGGCGUGUACUCUAUGUCCAGGCCAUCAGGAAGGCGAAGGCAGUGACGGACAGGCCUUCUCUCAUCGAGAUCAAGACGACAAUUGGAUGGGGGAGUCAGAACGAAGGGACUGAGAAGGUGCAUGGAGCUCCUUUGGGUGCCGACGAUAUCAAGCAGCUAAAGGCGAAGCUGGGGCUCAAUCCAAACGAAACCUUUCAGGUGCCAGAAGAGACAAGAAAGUUCUAUGCCGAAGUUGCCGCCCGCAACAAAGCUGAAUACGAAGCGUGGCAGUCUCUCUUCUCCAAGUAUGGGGAAGCUUAUCCUGAUGAAAAACGAGAGAUAGAAAGGAUGUUUGGCAGAGAAGUAAACGAGCAGGUUGAAGCAGCGUUGCGUGAUAUGGCCAAGGCAGCAGCAGACACUCCGGCCUCCACGCGUGUGCUCUCGGGCAAGGCUCUAAAUGCAAUUAAAGACUUCAUGCCAGAGCUUAUCGGUGGCAGUGCGGACCUAACGACCUCGAACGAGACAAAGCUGAAGGGUGAAGCCUCGUUCUCUCCAUCCUCAAAGUUCGGCUCCUACGCUGACCGUUACAUCCACUUUGGAGUAAGGGAGCAUGGGAUGGCUGCCAUUUGCAAUGGAUUGUAUGCAUAUGGAUGUUACCGCCCUUUCGGGGCCACGUUCCUUAACUUUGUUACUUACGCUUGGGGAGCGGUGCGACUGGCGGCCCUUUCUAAACUCGGCUGUCUUUUCAUAGCCACCCAUGACUCCAUUGAACUGGGAGAAGAUGGGCCGACGCACCAGGCAGUGGAGGUCAUUCCCCUCUGUAGGGCGUUGCCCAACAUGCUUUGCGUCAGGCCAGCAGAUGCAAACGAGGUGGCGGCGGCUUACAUGCUCUGGUUGAGGCAUUCGUCGGGCCCCACAGUCAUGUGCUUGUGCCGUGGGAAUAUCCCUCCAAUUGUUGGCAGCUCAGUGGAUAAGGCGUUGAAGGGUGGCUACAUUAUUUCUGACUUCUCAAACUCGGGAGGGCCUCAAGUGAUAAUUGCUGGCUGUGGUUCGGAGCUGCAGUUUUGCGUGGAGGCGAAGCAGCUUCUGACAAAUUGCGAUGUACGCGUUGUCUCCAUGAUGUGUUGGGAUACGUUUGAACAGCAGUCGGAGGCUUACAAGGAAGAGGUCCUGAUGCAAAAGGAAAGGAGACAAGGGAAAGUUUUGUGUGUUUAUGUUGAAGCUGCCGCAACCCUAGGCUGGGAAAAAUUCUUCGACGUGCACAUCGGAAUGAAGAGCUUUGGCGCCAGCGCCCCACGGGCAGAUAUUUGGAAAGCGUUCGGCUUUACUGGUGAAAACGUUGCGAAGAAAGUCAAGGAGGCCCUAAAGAAGUAG